AUGAAGUCCCAGGUAAUCAUGGUUUGCUGUGUAAUGCUAUUUCUGGCCACAGAAUCUUCUCAUCCUAGAACCAAGAUCCACAUAAAAGAUGGAGAUAAACUUCAAGGUCCUGAAGGAAAACCCAAGACUGGGAAGAUGCAAGAGAAAUGCCAAGGACUUUGCUCCACUUCUUCCAACUGCAGCCAGCCCUGUGCCCAGCACUUUCAUGGAGAAAUAGGAUUUACCUGUAGCGGAAACAAGUGGCAAAAAUCAACUGAAACUUGUACAAGCCUUUCUGUGGAAGCACUCUUUAAGGGCUCAAAUAGUGCAUCACGCCUCUCCAUCGCAGCACCAUUUAUCCCCCUGCACAUUCUUGACUUUCGAGCUCCAGAGCCCAUCAAGAGCGUAGCUCAUGGCAUCCGAAAGAACUGCCCACUUGAUUUCGCCUGCAUAGUUGAUACUGUGAAGUCAUCAGAAGCCACAUCUGGAAAUAUUGCAUUCAUAGUGGAGAUACUGAAAAAUAUUUCUACAGACUUAUCUGAUAACGUUACCCGAGAGAAAAUGAAGAGCUACAGCAAAGUCGCCAACCACAUCCUCGACCCGGCAGUCAUUCCAAACUGGGCUUUUAUUCCAGACAAAAAUGCCAGCUCAGAUUUGCUGCAGGCAGUGAAUGCGUUUGCCAGGCGACUCCGCAUCUACCAUGAACCCGAGCACAUCGUGGAUGAACUGUUCAUUCAGACAAAAGGAUUUCCCAUCAACCACAAUACCCAAGGGAGAAGUUUCAAUUUCUCCUCGAACGUGAGCAACACAACGGAGGGUAUCCUAGGAAUCGUAGAAAUUCCCAGUCAGGAGCUGUGGAAGCUGCCACCAAAUGCAUCCCUAGCCAUCAGCAUCGCUUUUCCCACCUUGGGGGCUGUUCUGAAGGAAGCCCACUUGCAAGAUGAGGAUCUUCCCAGGCCCGUAAAUGGGCUGGUCCUUUCUGUGAUCUUACCAGAAGAACUGAAGCAAAUCUUACUCACCUUUGAGAAGAUCAAUAGGCCCCAGAACGCCAGGGCGCAGUGUGUCGGCUGGCACUCCAGCAGAAGGAGGUGGGAUGAGAGCGUGUGUGAAACAGUGCUGGAUGUCGCGAACAGAGCAAAAUGCCGGUGUAACUACACCAACGCCGUGACGUCUUUUUCCAUUCUCAUGUCCCCCAGAUCCAUAGACAACAAGGUCCUGGACUACAUCACCUGCAUUGGGCUCAGCAGCUCCAUCCUGAGCUUGAUCCUUUGCCUGAUCAUUGAAGCCACGGUGUGGUCCCGGGUGGUGGUGACGGAGAUAUCAUACAUGCGACACGUGUGCAUCGUGAACAUAGCUGUGUCGCUCCUGACCGCCAACGUGUGGUUCAUCCUAGGCACCAACUUUAACAGAAAGGCCCAGGACUACAACUGGUGUGUAGCGGUGACCUUUUUCAGCCACUUUUUCUACCUCUCCCUGUUCUUCUGGAUGCUCUUCAAAGCUCUGCUCAUCAUCUACGGAAUACUGGUGGUCUUCCGGAGGAUGAUGAAGUCCCGCAUGAUGGCCAUUGGCUUUGCCAUUGGCUAUGGGUGCCCGUUGGUCAUCGCUGUCACCACAGUUGCUGUCACAGUGCCAGGGAGAGGCUACACGAGACAUGGUGCCUGUUGGCUUAACUGGGACGACACCAAAGCCCUUUUAGCAUUUGCCAUCCCAGCCUUGGUCAUCGUGGCUGUGAAUCUUGUUGUGGUUUUGGUUGUUGCGGUCAACACUCAGAGGCCCUCUAUUGGCAGUUCCAAGUCUCAGGAUUUGGCCAUAAUUAUGAGGAUCAGCAAAAAUGUUGCCAUCCUCACCCCACUUCUGGGACUGACCUGGGGUUUCGGAAUAGCCACCCUCCUGCAAGGCACUUCCUUGAUAUUCCAUAUCAUCUUUGCCCUGCUCAAUGCUUUCCAGGGGUUCUUCAUCUUGCUGUUCGGAACUAUUAUGGAUCACAAGAUAAGAGAUGCUUUGAGAAUGAGGAUGUCUUCACUGAAGGCGCCGUCAAGGGUAGCAGAGAAUGCAUCGUUAAGUCCAACCAAUGGAUCUAAACUAAUGCAUCGGUGAGACU